AUGAGAGAGAAAACACUCACAAGAAGUCUUGCUGCCGACAUGGGCAAGGAAAGCAGCAACUUCCUUCAUCUGCAUGAGUUUGCCGCCGGUGGUCCCAAACCCAAGCGGCUGAUAAAUGGCGGAGGCGGUGAUGAAAGAUCUGUAGUCCCAAAACCCGACGGCCUUGGCCACCGGAGAAUUCCUCUUGGAGAAGAGAUUCUCAAACUGAUACGUCUGGAAGAAAUCAGAAAUCGUCUGUGCUCCGACAAAUCCUUACACUCCCAUCCUUGCGAACAGACCUUUUUCCCGUUCACCUUUUUCACGAUUAUUUCUUUGUCGGAUGGAUCCGCGCCGACGAACCAGAGACAAGCGCAGAUCGCAAGGGCCAUCACCCAAAUCGAGAGCCUCGCCAUUUUUACAGAUCUUGAUCUGCUCAUGGAAAACACCCAGAGGCAAAGAAAAGCUUCGAGCUUUAGAAUGGGUUUAAUGCAGACACACAAUAAAGAACUGCGAAUCCUCCGAGUAGUGGGCAAGCCGACAAUCUUCGAAUUGAAUCCAACCUUCGACAGAACAGAGCAAAUCCUCAACAUGAACAGCAAGGGACGACGAAAUCUCUACCCAUCGAGGCAACCACCGCUAGCAUCAGAAGUAGUGGAUGAACACCGGCGCAACGUCCAACUCGUUAACAUAGCCACUCCUCGACAGGGAACGACUCUAUCGGGGAUAGGUUCAAUCUGGGACUGGCACACUGGCUCUAAGGGAGUUAAUGAGCUCCUCACUGUAUCUAUUACUAAGUAUGGGAAAGUAAAGACCGAAGGCCAGCCUUUCAGUGCAAACGAUGUUCAUGUUGUUCCUGUUGCUAAUAGGGGCGUCACCACCGGUGACGGGUCCCCCGAUCAUGAUGACCAUACAUCUAGGCGAAGAGUUAGGGAGUUAGAGUUCUUCCGGGCCCAACUAGAAUUUGACUAA